AUGAAAUUGAUAAUCUCUCUGGUUUGUGGGAUACUGGGAGUCAUUUUGGUACUAACAUUCUUGUACCUUCAAUGCUUACGAAAGGGGAAAAAGGAAAGCGCUUCAAGUGAUUCAGACAAAUUUCUCAAGGUGUCUUAUCAAAGCCUUCUAAAAGCUACUGAUGCAUUCUCCUCUACCAACUUGAUCGGCAUGGGCAGUUUUGGGUCGGUCUAUAAAGGAGUACUUGAAGACGGUGGAACAACAAUUGCCAUCAAGGUUUUCAAUCUCGUUCGUCGUGGAGCCUACAAAAGUUUCACUGCUGAGUGUGAGGCUUUGAAAAAUAUAAGACACCGUAAUCUUGUGAAAGUACUCUCAGUGUGUUCAGGUUCUGACUAUAGCGGUAAUGAUUUCAAGGCCUUAAUUUAUGAGUUCAUGGUUAAUGGAAGUUUAGAGGAAUGGUUGCAUCCUGCUGGAACAAAUGGAGAGAUAAAUGAUGGGCAAAGGAGCUUAAAUUUUUGUCAAAGAUUGAACAUAGCGAUUGACGUUGCUAUGGCGUUAGAGUAUCUCCAUCAUCAUUGUGAGACGCCAAUUGUUCACUGUGACCUUAAACCCAGCAACGUGCUUCUGGACGAUGAUAUGAUUGGACAUGUAGGUGACUUUGGGUUGGCAAAAUUCCUCCCCAUAACUUCGCAAACCAGUUCUGGUAAUCAAUCAAGCUCGCUCGGAAUAAAAGGAACAAUUGGUUAUACUCCUCCAGGAACUUUAACCCUUCAUAACUUUGUCGAGGCCGCUGUGCCUGAGCAAUUGGUAGAGAUUGUGGAUCCCGUUCUUGUUCAGGAAAUGGUGCAAGCGGAGAUGAGCACUAUCAAUCAUCAUCAUCAUAAUGAGGAUAACGCAAGGCUUCGCAUGAAAACCGAAGAAUGCUUGAUUUCAAUUUUAGAAAUUGGUCUUGCUUGCUCUGCAGAAUUGCCUGGAGAAAGGUUGGACAUUAGUGAUGUUGUGGCACAGAAGAGUCAGAUCAGAAAGAAGCACACUGUGCAGCAUUAG